AUGACUGAGUAUCAGGAUGUUUUUACCGAAAAGGAACUUAAAGAUAUUGAGAAAGAAUUUAUAAGACUGAAAGGGGAGCAUUAUUUGGACCAUGCUGGCAGUGGUCUCUAUGCAGAAUCUCAAAUUUCUGAAAUUUUCAAGGAGCUGUCGCAGAAUUUGUAUUCGAAUCCACAUACGAGCAAACAUGUCGGCGAUUGCAUUGAGCAAAUAAGAUACAGGAUAUUGAAGCAUUUCAAUACUGAUUCAAAUGAAUACAGUGUAGUAUUUACAUCAGGAGCUACUGCUGCACUUAAAUUAGCUGUCGAAUGUUUUGACUUCAAAAAAAGUAAUUUUGUACAACCGUUUUCUGGGACAUUCGCCUAUCUUCAAGAUUGUCAUACAUCAGCGUUGGGUCUGCGUGAAGUUGCAGCUUGUACAAAAAAUGCAAAAAUCAAAUGCGUUUCAAGAGAAGAUUUUUUGAAAAAGGAUAAUUUUGAAUAUUUCGAGACAAUUGGAUCAGAGGACAAUAAUUUGUUUGUAUAUCCAGCACAAUGCAAUUUCAGUGGUUAUAAGUAUCCCCUCGAUCUACAUAUACCGCCCAAUUGGUACAUAUUACUAGACGCCGCAAGCUAUGUUGCCAACAGUCACCUAGAUUUGGCCAAAACAAAACCGAAUUUUGUCGCAAUUUCUUUUUACAAAAUAUUCGGAUACCCCACGGGUCUAGGAGCUUUGCUAGUACGAAAAGACUCCGCUGAUUUACUAGGAGAUAAAAGAUACUUCGGAGGGGGCACCGUUGAAAUAGCUUUGAGCGGCUGCAGGUUCCACAAAACGAGGAAAGAUAUAAGUGAACGGUUAGAAGACGGUACAGUGUCUUUUCUUUCAAUACUUUCCUUAAGACAUGGAUUUGAUGUCUUGGAGCGCCUGGUGCCACCUACCAGAAAUUGUCAAACAAUGCAAAGAAUUUCUGGACAUACUUUUGGUUUAGCAAGAUAUGCUUAUCAAGAAUUAAGCAGAUUAUGUCAUUUAAAUCUUAAACCUGCGGUCAAGAUUUAUAAGGAUACUGAUUAUGAAGCCGUUGAAAAACAAGGAGGGGUUGUUAAUUUUAAUGUUUUGGGUUCAGAUGGGAGCUAUAUUGGUUUUGCAGAGGUAGAACAUAUGGCAAGUUUGUAUAACAUUCACCUAAGAACUGGUUGCUUUUGCAAUCCUGGUGCAUGCCAAAGGCAUCUUCAACUUACUGAUGAUGAACUGAGAAAACACCAUUUGGCUGGUCAUGUUUGUGGAGAUGAAAACGACCUCAUUGACGGCAUUCCGACGGGUUCAGUACGUAUUUCAUUUGGUUACUAUUCUACAAAAAGGGAUGUGGACGCUUUGAUACAGAUGAUAAAAACUUGCUACAUCGAUACCUGUCUUAAAAAUAAUGAAUUGGAAAUUAAUCUGGAUACAAAAUUAAAUAAGUCGAGGAAUAUUGCAUCAGAAUUAAUUGAACGACCUGCAAAGUGCAUGGAUGCUUUACAGAAAUCUUUGGAAAUUGAUAAAUUACAAGCUGAUAUUGAUGUUAUUAAAAGUUAUGAUAAAAAUAUACCAAGGCAAAAUAUGUUGGCAAAUUUACUAUCACAUGGUGCAAGUUUGUUAACAUAUACUAAGAAUUUUAUAAAGACUCCAAAACCAAAGUUAAAUGAGGUGGAUUGCAAUCCAAGCCAAAAUGUUGCCAAAAAAUAUAUGAAUCAAGAAGAAGAUAUUACACUAUCAAAUUCCCAAAUGGAAACAAUAACAAAUGUCACCAAUAAGUAUUUAAACACUAGUGGUAAGAAUUUUAAUGGUAAAACGACAACAAAAAUGUAUCCUAUACAAACCAAUAAUGAUGUAAAAAAUAUUUUUAUUACCAAUUCUUCUGAUACAAGUACAAGCCAGCUAAACCUUGAUAUCAGUAUCAACCAACAAAAAUCUACUUCUCUCCAUUUCUAUGAGCCAAGUUUAACAAAAAAUGUGGUUCCAUCUCCACCACGUUUGCAAAGUAUUUGUGUGUACCCAGUAAAAUCUUGUGGAGCCUAUAAAGUUACCGAUUCUUGGCCAGUUGGCCCCAAAGGAUUAUUGUACGAUAGGGAAUGGAUGGUGGUUUUGCCCUCAGGAGCAGCUUUGACACAAAAACAUGAUCCUGGACUUUGUAAAAUAAGGCCUAGAGUAGAUCUGGAGCGAGGUGUACUUGUCUUAAGUUUUUCAGGUUUGGAAGAUAUAUCUGUACCACUUGCUGAGUCUAAAACAAAUCUUUUUGCUUCGACCAAAUUAUGUAGCAACCCUUCUGGUAGCACCAGCAGGGUUUGUGGGGAUGCUGUGGGUGCUUCGGACUGCGGAGACGAAGUUGCCCUUUGGUUAGAAAGUGCUUUGGGGCGUCAGGGUGUGAGACUCGUUAGGCAAUGUGAAAAACGAUCUAAAGCUAAUGAUAAACAAAUAUCUUUGGUAAACCGUGCGCAAUAUUUGUUGAUCAAUAGCACCAGCGUCCAGUGGCUUUUGGACAGAUCCAGAUCUCAGAAUUUAACAAAUGAUUGCUUGGAUGAUCUUGAAAAUUAUCUAGAUAGAUUUCGUGCAAAUUUGAUUGUAUCUGCUCCAAGCCCUUUGGAAGAGAAUAAUUGGAAAUGUUUGGAGACUGAAGGAAGUUUUAAAUUAAAGGUUGAUGGUCCCUGUUCGAGAUGCCAAAUAAUUUGCAUAGACCAAAAAACUGGCCAAAAAUCACCAGAACCACUUCGAGUCAUAUCAAAUGAAUUUCAUGGAAAAAGAACUUUUGGCGUUUAUCUAUCAGCUGAAGAUAACGUUUCGAAUAAACAAUAUGGCAUCAUCAGAUGCGGAGAAAUUAUAACUCAAACUGAUGGGAUAGAUUGACCAGAAAAUUAAGAGAUAGAUAUCAAUUAAAAUAAGGGAAUCAUGUUUUG